UGGAACUCUCGCUGAUGGAAUCCUUAUUGAUAGAGAAUUUGUCGACGGUCAAUGAAAAACUAUCGCCGAUUGAGAAGUUCUAUCAUGGCCAAAGCAUCUUUAUCACCGGCAAUACCGGUUUUUUAGGAAAGCUGUUUGAGUGCAGAUGUGGAUUUACCAUUAUUCACUUUAUGCAGGUAUUUGAAAGACUUAAAGACAAGCAACCGAACUUCCGGGAUCAAAUAAUUGCUAUAACGGGAGAUUGUAACUACCCGAAUCUCGGAAUAUCUUCGGAAGAUCGGGCUACUCUCAUUCGAGAAGUUUCGAUUGUCUUCCAUAUCGCGUCAACAGUGAAAUUUGAUGAGAAGUUGAAAUUAGCACUAACAAUUAAUGUCGGAGGUACAAAAGACGAUCUAAAUCUUUGUAAGGAAAUCUUUAAUCUAAAGGUAUUUAAAUAUAUUUAA